GCAGUAGUAGCAGUAACAAUAGUAAUCGUUGUUGUAAUCAUAGUACAAAUUGUACACAUUUUUGGUGUUGUUAUUAUUAUCAUUAUUAUUACUACGAUUAAUAUUGUUCUUCUUCUUCAACUUUAUUUCAUGAUUUCCGGCCGUUCUCCCACGGCUAUGACUCCUGCUAACUCGAGUAUAUGUUUCAAUUGGUUCUACAGUUGCCCGGAUGGUGAAACAGUUGAUAUCUAUCGUCUCCUUGGAUUGAAUCGAGAAGGCUUUUCUUUUAGUGCAUUUGCCUUUGUUGGAGAUUACACUGAGGUGUACAUUCACUGUUCAGUAAAGGUCUGUGGUGCCGCGAAGGCUCAAUUGUUUCGAGACGCAGGAUGCCCCUCAGAAACUCCACCUCCCGACCGCAAACGUCGAUCUUCGUCCUUUCUGUCCACUCAGACAAUCAGUAAUGGUCCGAUUCACAUCCGUCGCUCAACCAGCGAUAUGGCUACUGAUGAUUUGUCUUCAUACAACCCUUUUGCCAUGCUCCUCCUUGGAAUGAUAGCAACAUUGGUUGCUAUGGCAAUCCUGAUGGGUGUGGUCAAGCUUGUUCGUAUCUCAUCCGAUAACAAUUACUAUCAGCGAGUUCAUAUUGCUGAAUCCAUGGAAGGAAAUUAAGAGGAAGAGCAGCCAUCAGCUCCAAAAGCCAUAGUAUGGAAAAUAUUCUCCAUCUUUAUCGAUCAUUGAUUUGAAAUCGAAACAGGACAUCCCACAAAGUUGUCUUAUUCGGACAUACAAACAGGGCCCCUUACUACUCAAAAGAACAACAAGGGGGACACUUCAUAUCGUGAACAUUUCUCAUAUAAACUGUUAAUAAAUUAUACUAAAAUAACACAAAUUUUCCUAGAAUAUGGCGUCCCCAAGGCUCUGUGAUCGGCCCUCAUUGCUUUAACGUAUACCUUCAGCCAGUGGUAGAUAUCUUACAUAAAUACGAUGUCUUAAACCAUAUUUACGCGACUACAUCCAGAUACACUGCGCAUGUAAUCCGAAGGUUCCCCAAAGCAUCAACAAUCAAUGCUCAAACUACAAAAGAAUAUCUCUGAUGUUCAGUCACAGAUGUUGGCUAAUAAACUGAAAUUUAAUCUGGAAAAGACAGAAUUCAUGAUUGCGGGAUCUCCAAAGCACCCUCAGCAGUUACAUCAUGUCCAUCUUAAGAUUGACGAUCAUAUUAUCACUUCACCUUCACAAUCUCUUCGCAUAUUAGGUGUUAGCUUUGACAAGCAUAUGAAUAUGCCAAAUCAUGUUUUAAAUGUAGGUGUUGGCUUUGACAAGCAUAUGAAUAUGUCAAAUUAUGUUUUAAAUGUAGGUGUUGGCUUUGACAAGCAUAUGAAUAUGCCAAAUCAUGUUUUAAAUGUAGGUGUUGGCUUUGACAAGCAUAUGAAUAUGUCAAAUUAUGUUUUAAAUGUAGGUGUUGGCUUUGACAAGCAUAUGAAUAUGCCAAAUCAUGUUUUAAAUGUAGGUGUUAGCUUUGACAAGCAUAUGAAUGUGUCAAAUUAUGUUUUAAAUGUAGGUGUUAGCUUUGACAAGCAUAUGAUUAUACCGAAUCAUGUUUUAAAUGUAGGUGUUAGCUUUGACAAGCAUAUGAAUAUGCCAAAUCAUGUUUUAAAUGUAGGUGUUAGCUUUGACAAGCAUAUGAAUAUGUCAAAUUAUGUUUUAAAUGUAGGUGUUGGCUUUGACAAGCAUAUGAAUAUGUCAAAUUAUGUUUUAAAUGUAGGUGAUAGCUUUAACAAGCAGGAAUAUGUGAAACCAUGUUUUAAAUGUAGGUGUUGGCUUUGACAAGCAUAUGAAUAUGUCAAAUUAU